UUGUCCUUCAUUUAAAUGUUGCUAACUUAUUUUCCAACUAUACCUCUCUUACUAAAACUGAGUUUUCCAUCUCUCCUUCUUACGUUACUUAAAAAUAAAAAAUACAUAAUCUAUUUUACCAGUAACUCCCAAAUUCUACACAUAAAUAAAGUUUAUGUAGACCUUAAUUUCAAAAUCAUAGCCCAUUUACAAACAACAUUGCCUUAAUAACAUCCACAUAAAAAUUUUCAAAAUCAUUAAAAUAAAUAAAACUAAAUAUGUUUAGCAUUAUAACAAGAAUGGAAAUCAAAACUAGGUCUCAUUCAUCAAGAUUUUUCACCACGAUAUUGGAAGAUCAUAAACCACUUCCUACAACUUCAUUUUCUUCAAAAAUAAAAAAUAAAAUUCCUUUUCAAGUCACUUACAUUUUUCUUAAGCACAAGCAAAUGUUCUACCGGGCACCCAACAAGAACUUGAACCAACAAAAUUAAAUGUGCACUCGUCUUCAGAAUCAAUGAAUAAUUGCACGGUAAAAAUUUGAAGGGCUCUCAAAUGAGUCAGAACAAAAGCAAAAAUUUAGGGAAAAAAUCAUUCAUUAGUACAUGAUCAUGAUCACAACAAAAAUUGCACAUUGAAAAUUUGAAGAAAGGCUCUUGAAUGAGUCGGAACAAAAGCAAAAAGUAAAAAAAAAAAUAAAAAAAAUCAUUCAUUUACACACGAUCACGAUCACAACGAACAUCACCAACUUUCUUCAAUCACAACGAACAUCACCAUCACAAUCCCAAAGAGCAUCACCAACUAGCCAUCACCUUCCUUAUUCAAGCAGCACUAACUCCAUGCGUAGCCUCAAACACAUCAUCAAACCAGCUUCUUGUUCAGCUAAUUGAAAGGAACCAGCUUAAAAGAUAUUUCAGCCUCGAUGAAGAAAAGCUUGACUUGAGGUGACCUAGUAGAGAGAAUGGAAACUGGGGAAGCACCUGCACCAGGAAAACAAACACAUAAGAACGGAAAGAAGAGAAGGGCGACGACUGAAGAAGACUGAAAACAGAAUACUGAAGGGACGAAAGACUGAAGAAGGGAAGACAAGAAUAACAGCUAACCCUUAACAAAUUGAGGAAUUUGUCAACUUAAUUCAACUGGAUCAAUGUCUGCAUACGAGGAAUCGUAAUUUCUCAUUGGAGAUAAUUUUCGCCCGACGAGAGAAUUUUCACUAGCUACCAUGGAUAUAUUUCUAGCUGAUGGAUUAUUUCAGAAAUGUGAGUUUGGCAAAUGGGAUCCACCAAUCGGCUAUUUCUCCUGGAAUUUGGAGGAUAGUAGCUCGAGAAGAUUGUGAAAACUUGCGCAUGUGGUUGGCCGCCAGAAAACCUAUUAGUCUGCAGAUGGUUGUUGCAUUUCCACUCUUCUUGAAGCCCUUUUUUCACGUUUAAAUACAUCAAAUCCUCCCUUCCCCCGCAACCGAUUCAUUUCAUCGGUAUAGUUAGAAAUGAUGGAAUCGAGCUCUUGGUUUCGCUUAUCCUCUCUCCAUAACAAGAAGAUUCUGCAGAGUGGGUUAUUAUUCGUUUGGAUAUGUGGGGCUUUCUUGAUUGGUGUAUCCUUCUAUGGCACUCAAAAGCUGCCCACUUUUCUGAAAGAUGAGAUCACUACAAAGAAACCAGGUCCCUUUGCUACUGAUUUUGGGGAUUUAAGUAUCCCCAAGACCACUCUAUUUACUGCUCCUAAGCCUUUUGUGGGGUUGAUUGGGGAGACCCAGGCUCUUGCAGUAAGGUCAUGGCUUGGAUUGUCCAAAAAUAUAAAUGUUGCUCUGUUCAGCCAAGACCCCUCUGUUCUGUCCUUUGCUGAUUCAUUUGGUUCACGGGUCACAGUCGAGACCAACAUCGACUUCACUUUCCUGGGUACCCCGUUUUUCCAUUCAAUGGUUGCGAGAUCUCUGGCAUCAUCAUCGGAUAUAUCUGUCUUGAUUGAUCCCGAGACCAUUCUCUUGUCGAACUUUUUAACCACCUUGAAGUAUGCUCACAAGCUUGAUGAAGAUUGGCUCCUUGUAGCUUCAUCACGAAACAUUUCCAAUUUCCCCUUUCAAUUAGAUUCUGAUGGGAAACGUCGGCUGGCAGAUGAUGGUGGACCUUUCAGAACACAAAUGUUGCAGGAACUUCUUUCUCGUAAACCUUUUGGUUACCCAUGUCAGGAAAGGAUGCUUAUUGCAUGGAACAAUGGAGAUACGCCCAUUCACAAGGGCAUCCUUCCCCCAUUUUUGUAUGGAAAGGGAGUUCACAACCAUUGGAUCUUAACCGAAGCCUUGAUCUCCGACUAUCGGCUCGUAAUCGAUGCGAGUUUGACCAUUUCUAGUUUCUACAUAAACGAUGUUGACCAAAAUGAUCACAAAUUCACGAGUUGGGAAAAUCUCGGAAAUUCCCUUCUAGGAAGGCUUUAUGGGUCGUUUUCUUUCCGGCGUGCCAACUAUUCUAACUUGUUCAAAUCUUUCAACUGUGGCCACAACUUUCUACUCGUCAACACUUACCAAAACACUGUAUAUCCUCUGGGCAGGGUCACUGGCACUGCCUCUUUAUCCUUUAAACAAAAGAAUGUACUCGACUGUGUUGAUGCAUUGGAAUCUCUUCAAGGGCUUGAAGGGUGCUCUUUGGAAGAGUCAUCAGGAGUGCCGGUAGCAAUUUCACCUCCGUUUUCCUUAGAAUCUCUUCUGUCGAUGCAGGCUGAUGAGAAUAAGACGAUUAUACUUGGAGUUGCAGGAUAUAGUUACAAGGAUAUGCUCAUGAGCUGGGUCUGCAGGCUACGCCACCUUAGAGUAUUCAAUUUUUUGGUUUGUGCACUUGAUGAUGAGAUUUACAAUUUCUCGCUCUUGCAGGGUGUGCCGAUUGUCAAGUGCGCAUAUCGUCCAACCAACAUCAGCUUCAAUGACUGCCAUUUUGGAACGGUGUGCUUCCAGAAAGUAACUAAAGUUAAAUCGAGAGUGGUUCUGCAAAUACUAAAGCUUGGGUAUAAUGUGCUACUGAGUGAUGUGGAUGUGUAUUGGUUCAAGAAUCCAUUGAGCUAUCUGAGUUCCUUUGGUCCCGCAGUUCUCGUGGCACAGUCGGAUGAAUACAAUUUGACAGGGCCAAUAAACUUACCUCGACGCCUUAACUCUGGUUUCUACUAUGCACAUUCGGACAACACAACUAUAGCCGCACUGGAUAAGGUGGUGCAGCAUGCGGCAGAUUCAAACCUAUCCGAACAGCCGAGCUUCUACGACACAUUAUGCGGGGAAAGUGGGUCUUACAGGUUAGGCGACAACCGAUGCCUGGAACCGAACACAGGUUUGGUUGUUCACUUCUUGAAUAGAAAUCUGUUCCCAAACGGAGCAUACUUAGAUUUGUGGGAGAAGAAAGACACGAGGAAAGCAUGUAUGGAAAUAGGCUGUCUUGCUAUCCAUAACAAUUGGAUUAGCGGACGACAAAAGAAGCUUCAAAGACAGGUGUUAUCCGGGCUAUGGGAUUAUGAUAUCAACACCAGAAUGUGUUUUCAACCAUGGCAUCAAAUUAAAGUCAUGACCUAUUUUUGACAACGCUAUGACAUAUAUAUGAACAAUUUGUCUAGUCUGUAUUUGACAAAAGAAGCUUCAAAGACAGGUUGUUGUCGGCUUU